UGGGGUAUAUUGGUCCGGCCAAUCACGUUCCAUAACCGCAGCCGAGCCCCCGCUGACCUUGGACGGGAUUGGCCAGACGACGUAGAAUCUUCGCCGUCCGAGAGACAUCGAACGCGGGGUGUGUUUUUGAUGUUAUUUAUCGCUGAUUACUCUAGGGCGCCCCCUUUAGAAGGGUGGUUAUUUCAGCCCAAUUGAAAUAUCUCGAUUUGUUUGUACAGAACUAGGCCCUGAACCUGAAGUCAAAGCUUUUCUUCAAAAAAUCAGGCUUAACGUGAUUCGCAAAGAAAUCGUAUAUUGAUAUCAAUAUCAAUAUAAGAAAAGGUUGAUGCUGUCAUGGCGAAUGUGUUGGGAGCUGUUGCUACAGGUCUGGCAGUUUUGGCCGUCACAGUAAACUUUUCACUGCAUAAAAUCGAAGAAGGUCAUGUCGGAGUCUAUUUCAGGGGCGGCGCCCUUCUGCAGCAGACCAGUCAGCCUGGUUACCAUAUGAUGAUUCCGUUCAUCACCGCCUAUCGCUCCGUCCAGGUGACCCUACAAACUGACGAGGUGACCAACGUUCCGUGCGGAACCUCGGGUGGCGUGAUGAUCUACAUCGACAGGAUCGAGGUGGUCAACUGGCUCUCUCCGGACGCAGUGCACAGCAUCGUCAAGAAUUACACAGCAGAUUACGACAAGACGCUCAUCUUCCACAAGAUUCACCACGAGUUAAAUCAGUUCUGUUCGGCACACACCCUGCAGGAGGUUUAUAUCGACCUGUUCGACAAAAUCGACGAGAACCUCAAGGCGGCUCUGCAGCUGGACCUGACGGAGAUGGCGCCUGGUCUAACCAUUCACGCCGUGCGGGUCACCAAGCCCAAGAUACCAGAGUCCAUCAGGAAAAACUACGAACUCAUGGAGGCAGAGAAGACAAAGCUGCUGAUCUCGAUUCAGCGUCAAAAGGUGGUGGAAAAAGACUCCGAGACGGAGCGGAAGAAGGCCGUCAUCGAGGCAGAGAAGAACUCUGAGGUGGCCAAGAUCCGCUACCAGCAGAAAAUCAUGGAGAAGGAAUCCCUGCAGAGGAUAUCGACCAUUGAAGACGAGAUGGAGAUAGCCCGUAAGAAGGCCGUGGCAGACGCCGAGUUCUACUCCCGACAGCGCCAGGCGACAGCCAACGAAAUGCUACUUACACCAGAGUUCCUCGAAAUGAAGCGCAUCGAGGCGAUUGGCGCCAACAACAAGGUCUACUUCGGCUCCAGCAUCCCCAGCAUGUUCAUCGAAGGCACUGGACCGCGGCCGGCAGCUUCUGCAGCAGCUGCAGCUGUGUCCGCUGAAGGAGCUGGUGGUUUGGCGUCGGAGCAGGCUGGAAAAGUCACUCAGGAUUCGCGAAAAUCGGCGGCAGCGGCCGGCGACGCUGGCGCCACCCCGGCGGCGGCGGCAUUGGGUGGAACUAGUGGUAAACACUGACGACAGAAGAUGGCACCAAAGGAGGGCAGAAUGUGAUGCCAUGUGUGGGUGUUGUGUGAUGUAUGUGCGUAUUUGAUGUGAUAUGUGUGAUUCUCGUGAAACGUGAAAUUGGUGUGAUUUGUGGGUAUUUUGGUGGCAAAUAUGGUGAUUUUGUAAGUCAAUUUCCUCUGCAUCGAUGGCUGUUUGUUGCUAAUGCGUUGGUCAGUCUAAAAGACGGAAGCAGACUUGCCAGUCAGCAGGUUGCAUGUGGAACCUAUUCAAAUAAGGAAGCUCUCGCUCGCCUCAAUCAGGCGCAUGGAGAUGCGAGCGAGAUAUAGACAUUUGAGUAGGCUUUCGCUAGCGAUUUCCUGACCGCUAAAAGAGUCUGUUUCAGCCUCAACAAUCAAGUUUCUGAUACACUGCCGUAAGCCUUCUCCGUAAAACUAACAUCAUAUGAGGUCAUGAACAGUUCCUCGCCUGAUGGGCCUCACCAGUUGUGUGUCCACGUAUCGUAAUCGCAUCACAGUCGUCUCAUGGUCGCGUUGUGCGCGACAAGUAACGUCAUAUCAACAAUAGCAUAGUGGGGAGCUUCUUGUAUUGCAGACGCGUUACACAGUCUUCGUGCAUUCGAUGCGUUGUGAUAUUCAUGUUUAGCGCUCAGAAAUGCUCUGAUGAGUGAGCAUUCCGAAAUGCUGUUGCUUGGCGACGGGAUACCGAAUAGACAAGUUCAGAACAGACUAGAUGCUGAAUAGACAAGCCAGUUUUCGUU